CUGUUCUUCUCUCUCCUUCACCAAACGUCGCAACGGUUCGCCGUCGCGUAACGGCGGCGCGGCUUCUUCUUCUUCUUCUCCUACGUCGGGACUUCCCUGUUACUUGAUUUCUCUGUUACCAGUGUAUUGUAUUUUGCCAUUUCUCUUCAGUUACAUCUAGUUCACGGCAAUCAGUAAAACGCACGGGUUACAAGAUGAUUGGAUCCUUUUUUACCAGAGGGCUUGUGAUGGUGUUUGGUUAUGCAUAUCCAGCCUAUGAGUGCUUCAAAUCAGUGGAGAAGAACAAGCCUGAUAUCGAGCAACUCCGCUUUUGGUGCCAAUACUGGAUCUUGGUUGCUGUACUAACCGUUUGUGAAAGGAUUGGUGACACAUUUAUUUCAUGGGUUCCUAUGUACAGCGAAGCGAAGUUGGCAUUUUACGUGUACUUGUGGUACCCCAAAACAAAGGGGACAGCAUAUGUUUAUGAUUCCUUUUUUAGACCCUACAUUUCAAAGCAUGAAACAGACAUUGAUCGUAAUUUGGCGGAACUGAGGAUCAUGGCUGGAGAUAUGGCAGUUUUGUACUGGCAAAGAGCUGCAAACUAUGUUCAAACAAGAACUUUUGAUAUUCUUCAAUAUAUUGCCUCUCAAUCAACACCGAAGCCUCGACCUUCUCAGGCACAAGAAGCUGGGAGAGGUCGUAAGCCUCCUGCAGCUAAGCAAAAGGGAGCAGCUGCUGUAGUCCAUGAGGAGACCAAAGAGCCAUCAACUUCUUCAAGCUCAUCCUCAUCAUCAUCUGGUUCCCAUCAAAUAGAGAAAUCAGAUGCAGCAGAAGAAGCAGCACCACCAGCUUCUGCUGUCUUGAAAGCGCAAAAAUCACAAAUCUUAGCUGCGAUUACACAACUUCAAACCACUAGUGAAGCUGCAGCAGAGAUUGAAUCUUGUUCUUCUGAUGCAAACCCCAGUCCUGCACCUAAAGAGACCAUCAUGGAAGAGCCUGUUCGUGUUACACGUGCUAGGUUGAGAAAAGCAAAAUCAAUUCAGUGAACCACAACCAAGUGUGGCUCAAUGGACUCCCGAGAUAACAAAAUCCAUAUAUGGGUUUGCAAGAUACGACAGCGGAGUAGAGCUGGACAAAUGGAUGUUCAAAUAUUCAUGUUAUAUCAGUUUCUCUGUUUGCCAUAAUAUUUGGGUAUUCUUCUA